UCUCUCUGGUUUGGAAAUUUGACAGCGAAAUUCCCCUGAGGCACGAGCUCCCAUCUCCUCAUCACCGUCGCCCUUCAAACCCAUCUAUCUUUCUUGUGCACAGCGCGAUCUUCUUUCAAUUGCCCUCAUCUGCCCUCCCAGCAGCGGAUAUCUUGCCAAGACAUACGUAUAGUCUUCGUUGCGAUCCUUCUUCUGGCUCAAGAUGGCUCCUACUGUCGAGAGUGCCUCGCCGAUUGGCAUUGCCAAUCUGCCCAACCAGCGACACAAGAUCGUCGCGAAGAGAGGCGCCGCUUUUACUAUCAUGGUUGCUGGCGAGUCCGGACUCGGCAAGACUACCUUCAUCAACACGUUGUUCUCCACCACCAUCAAGAACUACGCCGACCACAAGCGUCGGCACCAGAAGCAGGUCGACAAGACCGUUGAGAUUGAGAUUACCAAAGCUGAGCUAGAAGAGAAGUUCUUUAAGGUUCGCCUGACCGUGAUCGAUACCCCCGGAUUCGGUGACUAUGUCAACAACCGUGACUCUUGGAUGCCCAUCAUUGAGUUCCUCGACGACCAGCACGAGUCCUACAUGCUCCAGGAGCAGCAGCCGCGUCGUCAGGACAAGAUCGAUCUCCGCGUCCACACCUGCCUGUACUUCAUCCGCCCUACCGGCCACUCUCUCAAGCCGCUCGACAUCGAGGUUAUGAAGAGGCUGUGCUCACGCGUCAACCUCAUUCCCGUCAUUGCCAAAGCUGACACCCUUAGCCCGGCCGACCUGGCCAGGUUCAAGUCGAGAAUCCGUGCUACCAUUGAGGCCCAAGGCAUCAAGAUCUACCAGCCACCAGUUGAGGAGGAUGACGAGGCGGCCGCCCAGCACGCGCGGAGCCUGAUGGCGGCGAUGCCGUUUGCCGUCAUUGGCUCGGAGAAGGAUGUUAAGACCAGCGACGGACGCAUCGUGAAGGGCCGCCAGUACUCGUGGGGUGUCGCCGAGGUUGAGAACGAGGACCACUGCGACUUUAAGAAGCUCCGGUCAAUCCUGAUCCGCACUCACAUGUUGGAUCUUAUCCACACCACCGAGGAGCUUCACUACGAGGCCUACCGCGCGCAGCAAAUGGAAACGCGCAAAUUCGGCGAGGCCCGCCCGAGAAAGCUUGACAACCCUAAGUUCAAGGAGGAGGAGGAAGCCCUGCGUAAACGCUUCACCGAGCAGGUCAAGAUUGAGGAGCAGCGAUUCCGGCAAUGGGAGCAGAAACUCAUUGCCGAGCGUGAUCGCCUCAACAAGGACCUCGAGCAGACUCACGCUCAGAUCAAGUCGCUUGAGUCUGAGCUCGACAAUUUGCAAGGUAGCGUCGCCCGUAGCCAUGGCCGCCGUUAAGUCCCCAUCAAACUUCGUAAUGAGUCGUCUGUUGUGUCGCCAUUGCUUUGGCGGCUCGGCAUUUUAGCUGUUCGCUCCGCCUCAAAAGUUUAUCCGGCGGGCGAUGAACUGCCAGGAGUUGUUUGUUUUUCAACGGCUUUAAUGGAUAUGCCAUGCCUAGCUCCUAACGACAUGGUGGCGGCAGUGAUAGUGGCGGUAUGUGUUGAACGGAGGUAGUGGUGUUUGGCUGGAGAUCACACGUUCCUGAGGUUGGCCUUUCCUAUGUUUCCUUCACCGAUUAUCGACACCGACGGGGAAAAAACAGUGCAAAUCUCGGAGGUUCGCCAAUUUCGUUCUUCGUACCUUUUUUCAGUCUUCUAGGCCUUUUUUAUUUUGUCUUAGUCACGAUGUAAUUCAGCCCCCCCUUUCAUGAUACCAGAUAAUGAGAAAGGCUGCCACAUUCAGAGAAAACGAGAAACAGCACAUAGCGAGCGUCUAGACUAGCCCA